UCAUCGAGAGAACGAGUGUUGUUAGUGAACGCAGCGUGCCAGCAACGCCUCCCUACAUGUUGAUACAAGAAAUACGAGGAAGGAAAACUCGAGUUCCUAGACAGAGUUACUAUCGAGGGAGAAGUUACUGCGAGAGGACGUAUCAGCUGAUUUGCUGAGAUAAGAAACUCAGCAUGAGCAUCUCUAUAGUUCGUAUAGCAGGCCCAGGCGAGGAUGACAGAAUUAUUAACCAGAGUAAUUUCAAGAUUCCACUGACUCUUCCUGCUAUACUAGGGAGAGGAUCUUUGUUGAAGUGUGGCGAGAGAAAGCUAUCAAGACGUCAUGCCUGCCUCGACUGGGAUGACGAUGAUCUCCAAAUAACCUCAACACAUCAGAACCCCACCUAUGUGGUAGUUGGAGGUGAGGAGAAGGAGCUGAAAAAUGGGGAUUCGGCCCAGCUCUCACAUGGAGACAAGUUUGGGCUUAUGCAGAAUGGAUUUUGGUUCAGGCUUAACCUCAGCAGUGUCAAUGCAGAGAAAGACAAGUCUCCCAGUGACACAUCAGCAGACAAGAACUCGAGUAAGGACGUUGAUGGGGAAGAAGUAGCAGGCCAGAGUAAAGACACAGUAGAAAAUGGGCAAGAUGAAACAGCGAAGUCUAGUUCAAAGGCAGAAGAAAGCAACGGGAUUAAUAACAAUGUGGAAAAAGACGUUACAGGAAAGAAGGAGGAAGAGGAUGAGGUAGAGAAAAGCAUUAAAGGUGAAGAAAAGGAAGCAGUAGAACCAAUUGAAGAAAAGCUUAAGGAUGUCCCCAAUGGCUGUGCUGAUGUUAAAGAUUCAAAUGGUUCAGAAGGUGCCUCUCCACAAGAAAAAAUUGCUCAGGACAUACAGGCAGCAGUAUCGCCUAGAAAGAGGAAUCUACCCUCAUGGCUAUUAAAGGCCAGCCCAAAGAAAUCUGAAGAAAAGGAGAGUGCCCAGACUACAAAGAGUACACAUGGAGGUGACAAGAAACGCACAACCAGUGCAAAACGCAAACAACCCGAUGCUGCUGGAGAUACACCAUCAAAGGUUAAAAGACAAGCAGUGGAUGAUGAAGAUACUACUCCAACCAAGAAAGCAAAAUCGCCUGCCAAACCAAAGCUGUCAAAGGUCCAUGAUGUGAGUGACGAAAGUAGUGAUGAAGGCCAGAGCAAUCGGCAGAAGAGGACCAACCAGACCACCCCAAGAAAAGCCAUGAAGCAGAGCCCUAGUCCCAGAAAGAGUCCAGUAGCCAAUAAAUCUCCUUUAAAGAAUGCAGACAAAGUUCUCCAUGAUAUGAGUGAUGCGAGUAGUGAUGAUGAUGUAGAACAAUCCAGUAAUGUUGCCAAAAAGGAAAACAAAAGUCCUACCAGGAAGAACCAAGCCCUAAGUAGACAGUUGGAAUCAGAUGAUGAGACACAAGGGACAUCUACUGGCAAAAGACAAAAACCAGCUGCAGCUACUCCGUCACCAGUUAAAAGAAAGAAACGUGCUAGAAAGUCAUGCCAGUAUGGGUCUAACUGUUACAGGAAGAACCCUAGCCACAAGGCACAGUUUGCUCACGUUGGAGACUCAGAUUAUCAGGAAGAAGAAUCAGAAUCUGAAGACCCAGACGAUGAUCGACCUCAGUGCGAGCAUGGAAUUGAUUGUUACCGUACAAAUAAAAAGCACCGCAAAGAAUAUCGUCAUAGCAGAGUUCCACAGCCUAAAAGAAGAGCUAAAUACAGAGCACAAAAAAAGAAGGCAGCUGGGGAAAAUGACUCAGAAGAUGAAUAUGACUACGAUGACCCCUUCUUAAAUGAUGAGAGCUCAGAUGACUAUGCCCCAACGGACUCAGACUCAGACUCCCCAAUUGAGGAUGCAGAAGAAGAGGACAACACGAGUAGAAUGUUGAAAGAGGCAAAGAAAUUCAUUAGAAAGAGGAGAUGAAGAUGA